UCGGGAGAAGGAACAAUUCUUCCUCCACUCUGCAGAUACACCAGCUCGGGUAUAAAUGCUGAGCCUGUAGAUGGUCAAAUCAUUCCGCUCACCUCAUCUCUUAGGUCCUCUAAGCAAUUGGAGCACUUGGAGAUCUUCGCAGGAUUUUGCAGGAACUUUUGUCUCAGUCCAAAACCUCCACGGUCACUAUGGUGAAAUUCCAGAUUGUCACCUUCGCCCUCGUGGCUCUUGCCGCUUUCGCUUUUGCUCAGGACACCAGGGUUAAGCGUGGAUUCGGCGGCGGCGGUUUUGGAGGAGACUUUGGCCACGGUUUCGGAGGCGGAUUCGGCGGCGGUUUCGGUGGUGGAUUCGGUGGUGGACACGGAGGCAGCGGCGGUGGCGGUGGACACGGAGGAGGCAGCGGUGGACACGGAGGCGGCGGAAGCGGAUCAGCUUCUUCCAUCGCCCGCAGCGCCGCCGACCAGGCGCACGCCUCGAUCGAGAAGCAGGGCCUGGCCGCUCAGCAGGCCGCCUACCAGGCUAAGUCUGCCCUGGCCGCCAACGCCAAGCAGGCUGCCCAGACCGCCCGUGCUGCCCUCGCCGGCAAGCAGGCCAUCGUGAACGCCCUCCACCAGGCUGCCCAGGACGCGCAAGCUCAGAUCGGCGCCGAGAUCGCUCAGCUCGACCAGGCCAACCGUGCCGCCCAGGCCGCUCAGCAGGCCGCCCAACAGGCCAACCAGCAGACCGCUUCCCUGACCGCUGCCCUCAACGCUGCCCAGAACUCUGCCAACGCUGCCGAGAAGGCCGCCGGUGAGUCCCAACAGGAGGUUGGAGCCCAAGAGCGCAUGGUUGCCAUGGCCAAGCUGCGCGCCCAGCAGGCUUCCAACCAACUGGCUGCUGCCAUCUCCGACCUUCACCAGACCCAGGCCCAGGCUGAUCGCGCUGCCUCCCUGGCCGCCGCCGCCGCCGCCAACGCUGCCAAGCUCGGCGCUCAGAUCGCUGCUGAGGGCGCUGCGGGUGCUGCCGCUGGCGCGCACGGAGGUGAUGCUGGCGGCUCCGGAGGCCACGGCGGAUGGAAGAAAUAAGCGGGGCAGAGCUCACCUGGCGAGUUCACCGCACCAAAUAGUUCCUGCAAUAUUUCUGCCAAAACUCUGCUUUCCUAUCAUCUCAUGGAAUCAAUGCUGACUACGAUGUUGCCCCGUGCGACGCUGUAAACAGCUCAAGACUUCAAUAAAAUUCAAAAAAAGUA